AUGGUGUGCACAAAGGCGGGAGGAGUCAGCACCGAUUGUGGCUCAAGAGAAUUGUUUGUGAGAAAUGGCUUCUUUCAGCAAAUCGGAACUAGUGAAGAUAUAGCCAACGGUAACAAAACAAAGUUUCUCGCUAGCAUAGAUAUCCGAUGGCCAUGA